AUGCGGCCAGUGGGUUUGAGUAGUUUUACUGCGGCGGCCGUUUCAUCACCCGCUCAUUCGGUGGGUGCGUCAUCUACAGUCAUGGUUCUCUCUUCUCCAAUCGCAUCGCCGCAUUCUUCGGGACAAACUCAUCAUGGGACGAUGAACACGAACAACAACAACAACAACAAUAAUAAUAAUAAUGGGAAUCAUCAUCAUCAUCAUUAUCAACAACAGCACAACAAUCAUGCAACAAAUAUAAUAGGAAAUAAUAAUACUAACAACCACACCAUGACAAUUGGAUCACCUCAGAAAGCAGUCAAGAGGCCAGCCAUGAUUCAUGUGGGAGCCUAUCAAGGAGGUUUUGGACUCGUCUCUCCGAGUCAUUCGGGUGGAAAUGAAGCCCAAAUACCCUCAACGAUUGUAUCCCCCAGCGGUUCAUCGGGCCACAACAACACGACCAACAACACAAAUGGAUCAAUAAUAACCUCUCCCUCAAACAAGACGCCAUCUGGAAGCACCAGCAACACUUUUGUUCAACACAACACCAUGUCUGUCAUUAAUUCUGGACCAAGAACCCCAUCAGGAAAAUCGAAAAAGCCACUCAUGGAAAAUGGAAUCACCUCUCCCAAAGUAUUCCGAUCAACAGCCUUAUCAAUGAUCCCAUCCACUCCGACCAAAUCAAGUCAACAACCAUCCUUACAGACUUCCCCAGCGGGUGGAUUGAAUUCUCCCUUCAAAGAAAUUCCUUCUCCUCUCGUUCGUAACUGCACUGCUAUUGAGCCAAGGAGAAAUAUUCAAUCCUCUGCAAAUAAUGGAAUGGGAAAGAUCACUCGCCAGGUGAGUGCCUCCUCUUCACCGUCUUCGUCGUCGUCGUCCUCUGCAAGCAGUACGAGCAGUAAGGGAUCGACCACCCCCAGUAAAAAGUCCAUCAUGGAGGAGUUGAAAAUUGAUAAGGUCAAAAACUCAUUGCAUCGCAGUAUAUCUGUUCAUGCCAUUCCAUCCAUAGCUAACCUUUGUGACAACCUAUUCAAUAAUCAAUCUCGUAAACUCUCCUAUUCUUCAGCAAGUGCGCAAGGCAAACGACCCACCAUGGAAGAUGAGCACUUCUUUGUGAAGAACAUUGAAGAGGCUCUUAGCCAACCUCCAAAUUUUCGAUUUCAUGCCAUGUUUGGUGUUUUUGACGGGCAUUGCGGACCUGAAUGUGCACAACAUUGUAAAGAGGACAUUGUUAGGGCCUUUGUUGAAAGCUUUGAAGCUUGUGACAUUGAAUUCAAGCAAAAGUUGUUCGGAGGUUCAGACGAUUCGCUCUUUUCAGCAGAAGAAUAUUAUGCUGGUUGUACAGCCAAUGUUUGUGUUUUAAGGAACGAUGAUUUAUAUGUCGCAAACCUUGGAGACACAAGGUGUGUUCUCGCCCACAAAGGUUUUGCUAUUCAACUUUCAGAAGAUCACAAACCAAGCAAUAAGGAUGAGAGGAUGAGGAUUGAAAAAAACGGAGGAAUUGUUUCAUUUGGAAGAGUGAAUGGAGCUCUUGCCGUAUCAAGAGCCUUCGGAGAUUUUGAGUUUAAAAAGAAGGGUUCAAAUCUUGUGAGCGUCGUUCCUGAUGUUUCUCACUUUACACUAACCAAAGACUCUGAUUUCAUCAUUAUUGCAUGUGACGGUCUUUGGGAUGUCAUGUCCUCGUCUGAAGCAGUCAAGAACGUCUAUAAUUAUCUUCAACAAUUCAAAGAUCCAAGAAAAGCUUGUGAAAAACUUGUUGAAAAAGCUCUCAAGGAUGGUUCCAUGGAUAACAUUACUGUUAUUUUGAUUUUGUUGAAGGAGUUGAAUAAAACGUGA